AUGGAAGCAAGAAGCAGCCAAGAGCUUCGGAAGGUGUUGGCCAUCAUACUUCGCGUUGGCAACUACGUAAACCACGGAAGUGGUGGCACCGGUGCUUGUGCUUUCUCCAUUGAGACGCUGGCAACGACAAGAAGCUUCAAGGUUGGCAACAUGUCCAUGCUGCAGUUCCUUUGCGUGACUCUUCGCCGCGCAAAUCCAAACUUUGUCGACGAGCUGUCACAGAGUUUGAGGCAUGUUCCUGCGGCGGCCAGGGAAAAGAGCGUGGAUCUACAGUCAUCUAUCCACGCCUUUCUGCACGAGGUGGAGUUUGCGCAGAAAGAGGUAUCUGCUCAGCCUGCUUCAGAAGGCGCUGCCACUCUCCUGACAAAUCUGUCGUCCGAGACUGCGGACAUUCAAGACGCGUCUGGCAAAGCGUUCAGAGCGUGCAAAGAUUUGCUGCAAUUCUUCUGCACGGCGGAGGAGCCGUACGAGUGUUUCUUCCUACACCUUUCUGACUUCGUUGCGUCCUUCCGCAAAGCCUGGAAGGACGGCCUAGCAGCUAGUUAG